AUGGCACCAACUAAUAUCAAGCCAAUCACCGUCUACGGUCACUACUUGCCAUUCCCAAACCCCCCAAAAGUCUUUAUUCUUCUUAAACUUCUCGGUAUCCCAUAUAACCAUGUUAUGAAAGUCGCCUCAGAUGACCCGACCCUUGAGGAUGGAAUCAAGCACCCGAACUUCACUUCUAUCAACCCUAACGGCCGUGUUCCAGCCAUUGCCGAUCCAAAUAAUAACAACUUUCAUGUUUGGGAAUCUGGCGCCAUUCUCCAAUACCUCGCCGAGAUCUACGACACAGAUCACAAAUUCUCCGGGAAGACCGUUGAAGAGCGAUCUAUGAUCAAUCAAUGGAUCGCCUUCCAGAUUUCUGGCCAGGCGCCUAUGUCCGGGCAACUGAUCUGGUUCAGCGUUCCUCAAGGCCAUUUGCUUAAAUACGGCGAAAAGACCCCGGACCAUGUCCUUCUCAGAUUCAGGAACGAAGUUAGAAGGAUUUAUAGCGUGUUUAACGCUCAUUUGGAGCAGCAGAAAGCGAAGGGGUCGGAUUGGAUUGUUGGGGAUAGGAUGACCAUUGCGGAUAUUGCGUGGGCGCCCUGGACGAGAACUAUGAUUUAUAUGCCUACUUACGACCCAACCUUUUACGAUGAAUUUCCGGCGGUCAAAGCGUGGUUUGCUAAAAUGGAAGCGAUCCCAGCUGUGCAGGAGACUAUUGCUGAACUGACCGCCCCUGCGCCUAAGAAUUAA